AUGUCUAAUGGUGUGUGGGAUUUGAUGGAUUUGAUGCCGGUGAAGUGCAGAUGGAUUGAGAGGUUGAGGAGGUGUGGAAAGACUCUGCUGCGGAGACAGAGGAGACUGAUAAGGCGAUUGAAGAAGAUGUACCUGCACAGUUGGCGUUCAGACGAGCUAAGUAUGCUGGUUGGGGCGAAGGUGACGGGCGCUACGCCCCUCGUCAUAGCUUGUCGCAACGGACACUACGACGUCGCCGAAUACCUCAUAGAGAGGUGCAAGGCUGAUAUUGAACAACCCGGCUCAGUGACUUUCGAUGGGGAGACGAUAGAGGGCGCUCCUCCAUUGUGGUGCGCGGCUGCUGCUGGUCACAUGCCGCUAGUGAGGCUCCUGGUGCGUGCUGGUGCUAACGUGAACUCAACAACUCGUACACACAGCACGCCGCUUAGGGCAGCCUGCUUCGAUGGACACUAUGAUAUAGUGAAGUUCCUAGUUGAGAACGGUGCCGAUAUCGAGAUAGCAAAUCGCCACGGUCACACCUGCCUCAUGAUAGCCUGUUACAAGGGUCACAUACAGAUAGCUAAGUAUCUGCUCUCGCUGAACGCUGACGUGAAUAGGAAGAGUGUGAAGGGGAACACGGCGCUACAUGACUGUGCUGAGAGCGGCUCGCUGCAUAUACUGAAGAUGUUGCUAGCACACGGCGCUACUAUGGACGUGGAUUCGUAUGGCAUGACACCGCUACUGGCUGCAUCAGUGACCGGUCACACUCACAUAGUGGAGCUCCUCAUCAACAUAGAACAUGGACUUGUGACGAGACAAGAACGAAUAGACGCAUUGGAACUACUUGGAGCUACUUACGUUGAUAAAAGGAGGGAUAUGGUUGGAGCUUUGGCGCUAUGGAAACGAGCUAUGGCAUACAGGUUUCCAGACGACGAUCGCGAACCAAUCCCAAAGCCGAAGGACGUUCCUCGCAUAGAAGCUUAUGAGUAUGCUGUGGAGCCCGGCGAUGCUCGCCAGCUGGAGGAACUGCUGGCUGAUCCUGACGCUAUGAGGAUGCAGGCACUCGUCAUACGCGAAAGGAUACUCGGCCCCGCCCACCCGGACACGUCAUACUACGUCCGUUACCGAGGCGCUGUGUAUGCGGACGCGGGUCGUUUCGGUCGCUGUCGUACUCUGUGGCACCACGCCCUUGACAUGCAGAGAGCCGUGCUCCCUCCCCUGUCUCCGCUCACACAGUCCAGCUUGUACAGCUUCGCGGAGCUGUUCUCAUACAUGCUGGCUGAACGGACGAGACCGCCGCUUAGAGGUCGUAUAGUUCCACCGGUGACGUUCGAGGACAUUGAUCCAGUGUUCGUGAAGGCGUUGUCUGAAAUAGACAGGGGCAUGGAGUUAUUAGAAUCAAAAUUAAGUAUCGACAGAGAACAGACGCUAGUGACGUUACAGCGAGUGCUAGUUAUAUCUCUACACCUUGCUGCGCUCAUGGCAAGACUGCUGGAGGAGCCGGGGUGCACCGACGACGUGUCUAGGAAGAUACAUAAGGCUGUUUACUCACUGGUCAAAUUAGACAUUAAGGUCCGUCAAGGUCGCUCGUCGCUGCACGUAGCGUGUUCGUCAGAGGCUGGUCGCGGGCGAGGCUCGGAGGCUGGCUCGUGGUCCGAGGCAGCUUGUCCCGCGCUCGUCUCACUCAUGCUGAGACUUGGAGCGGCGCCGGACGUGAGGGACGCGGACGGAAACACGCCAUUACAUCUAGUAUGCAAGUUGAACCCGUGCCCCGCUGAAGUGGUUCGCGAGUUACUAUCUCACGGAGCUCACAUAGAUACCGUCAACUAUGAAGGCGAAACUCCCGAAGAAAUAUUAAAAUCCACCCAACAGACGCUCUCAUCCAUAGUAAACCCUUUAAAAUACACGACGCUCAAAUGUCUAGCCGCACGCACCGUCAAGAAUUACAAACUACCCUACAGACAUGUUGUACCGCAGUGCUUACACUCGACUAUAAUUACUCAUUAA